GCACCAUGCAGGGCUUGCUAUCUCCGCUGGCCUUCCAUACGAACCUUUUUUCGGCGCGUGCAAAGCCUUGCGGCGACGGCCUGGUGUUCCGUCUACACUACCGCGUCACGUUCGCCCUGUUGAUGGCCUGCUGCCUCCUGGUCACGGCCACGCAGUACAUCGGCGCGCCCAUCUCCUGUCUCAGCGAGGAGGUGCUGCCGCAGAACGUCAUCAACACGUACUGCUACAUCGCCGGCACGUUCACGAUGCCCUCUACUGCUGCGCUGAGGCUGGGCUGGAAGGCAGCUCAGAGGCGGCGUGUGGUUCCGACCUACGGUCAGGAGGAGAAGCGCUACCACAACUAUUACAUGUGGGUACCGUAUAUGUUGUUCCUGCAGUCGGUCAGCUUCUACCUGCCCCACUGGCUGUGGAAGGUGAUGCAGACAGACAAGGUUCGCGGCAUUCUGCAGGGGCUCAAUUACGUGGUGGUGGACGAGGAGCAGCGCCGAAUCAAAGAGGUGCUCAUGGUCAACUACCUGGUCUUCCACUGGGGCUCGCACACCGCCUGGGCAUGCAAGUACGUGCUCUGCGAGUCUCUGAACCUGCUGAACGUGGUGCUACAGCUGCUGGUGACGGACAGCUUCCUCAGCGGCCAGUUCAUGUCGUACGGUCCGCGGGUGGUGCGGUACCUCCGGCGCGGUGCCGAAGAUGACAUAGACCCGAUGGACCAGAUGUUCCCCCGUCUGACCAAGUGCACAUUCUAUCGAUACGGGGCUGGAGGAAGUCUGGAGCGAUACGACGCCCUGUGCGUGCUCAGCAUCAACGUCGUCAACGACAAGAUCUACCUCACCGUCUGGUUCUGGUACAUCGUCCUCCUCGUACUGGGCAGCCUGCUGCUGCUGUACAGGCUGGUCACCCUGUGCUCGCCAAAGCUGCGCUUCCGGCUCCUGCAGGCUCGCGGCAGCAAGUAUGGCGCCGAUCCGGCGAUCGAUGACGUCACCAGGCAGUGUAGCUACGGUGACUGGUAUCUGCUCAGGACGCUGAGCAGGAACAUGAGCGCUCCCGUGUUCUCCAGCGUCAUCAAACAGCUGGCCCUGCAGCUGCCGCGUAACAGGACGUCCAACGAAGUCAAAGUAUGACAUCAUCUGCCGCGCCCGGACAAAGGCGUGACGUCACAGGAAACGCUUCCGCAGCUGUUUGUCGCCGGGGGAGUUAUCGGCAGAAUGGAGGUGAAGUCGAGUGAUUCAGUGGUUUGCCGGGCAUCGCGAGGGUGGACUCACAAGCGUCGUAGAUAAUGUCUACGAAGGGUGACGACAUAGCGUCGCUCAUGGGUAGCUCUACGGUGCUGGAGAAAAAGCGAGGUGAUGACGUCAUAAGGUGGCGGAGGAGCUCAUUGGAAGUUGAGCGUGCUGAACCACAGUUCUCUGGAAUCACGUGAUUUGCAUGUCACGCCGGACUGUGCCACCGUACUGCCUUAUACGAAGGCCAAUAUUCCGUGGUAUUAUCGUGUCUCUAUACGCCUUGUGUGUACUUAACAUUUAUCAGGAGCUGGGCCAGCAGCCACACCGACCGGCUUCGUAUCGAAGCUGCGGUCGCCCGUGCCUUACUGCUGCAGCCUUGGCAGAGCACGUUUCGCGUGGAACGGCGAUAUUGAGCUCUGCAUCUUUCCUUUGGACGUUUCCAAAUGCGUUACGAUGUGCGGUCCAACUUUGGCCCAAAGCAAGUUUCGUGAUAGUGAUAUUUAUUUAACGUUUUUCUAAGUGUAUGACGUCGCACACAGACAGGUUUGUUUGUUCUAUCUCUUGUGUGACCAGAGGUCUUCCAUUUACUAUAAUUUACCAUUCACUACAGAGGUCUUCCACCUCACCACAAGGGAGCAAAAGAACGCGUUCGAAAACCUGCCACGAUGUCUUUUAUCGUGAAUGCACGCCGUUAUUUUCGUAAUGCGCUGCGCACAAGUGUAUUCUGAUGCAUAGCGGUGUCCCUGCAGACGUGGAUAGCGCAAUGGACGCAUUUCUUCGGGUAAAUGUCCGCAUUGCGACUUAUCGUCGCGCUUCCGGGCGUGUCCAGGGUGGAGGCAAUAUUUCCGUAAUAAACUAUC